UCUCUGGGACAGCCUCUCACCACAUCAUCUAACUAACAGACCGGGAAACUAACUCACCUGAAAACACACCCAAGCAACAAAGUAAGGCCUGAUUUUUUUUUUUUUUUUUUGGGUUUGGUUUUCUUUUGUGGACAUUUUGUUACUUACUACUACUACUGCCCGACUGACAUGGAGACCCUGCGAUCCAGACACGGACACCCACUCAUCCACAAGUCACUUUGCCUCACCUGCAGAAAAACGCAGCACAGCAGAAUGGAGGUCAAGAUGAUGUCUUCAUUCAGUCGUGCGCUACUCUUUGCACUGGCACUCAGCCUCUAUGUGGUGGAGAUGACCUCGGCUGAGACGCUGUGUGGGGGAGAGCUUGUAGACGCGCUGCAGUUCGUCUGCGAAGACAGAGGCUUCUAUUUCAGUAGGCCCACCAGUCGGGGAAACAACAGGCGCACCCAAAACCGCGGGAUAGUAGAGGAGUGUUGUUUCCGUAGCUGCGACCUGAAGCUUCUGGAGCAGUACUGCGCCAAACCGGCCAAGUCGGAAAGAGACGUGUCGGCCACGUCGCUGCAGGUCAUUCCAGUGAUGACGCCGCUAAAGCAGGAAGUCCCGAGGAAGCCGCAUGCGCCCGUGAAGUAUUCCAAAUACGAGCUGUGGCAGAAGAAAGCAGCGCAGCGACUCCGGAGAGGCGUCCCGGCAAUCCUGAGAGCCAAAAAGUUUCGGAAGCAAGCGGAAAAGAUGAAAGCCCAGGAGGAAGCGACCUUCCACAGGCCCCUGAUCAGCUUGCCCAGCAAACUGCCGCCCGUCUUGCUCACCACGAACAACUACGUCAACCACAAAUGAGAGCCCAACCUGCCAGACAAGAGUUUGGGCAAAAAAACAACAAAAAAAAAGCCUAGGGGAUUAUAGCUUUGUCUCUGACGUCAUUUCUGUGGCAGUUCUCUUUGACCUCCCCUGCCCUGCCCUGUCCGAGCCAGCCAAUACCCCCCCUCUCUCCAACGCCCCUCCACUACUUCUUGACCCCCUGGCCCCCUUUUUUUUUUCUAAUACUCCUCGAACCCCAUCACCCUCCUCCGGAACACAAACAUGCCUUCACAUUCUUCCUGUCUGAACUUUUUCGCUAGCUCUUUCAGUCACCGACACACAAAAGGCACAAACACAAAUGAUGAACAAUUCCGCCGAACGCCAUUCAGGUGGAGACGUAAGCAAAAAAGAGUCAAUGGAAAAAGGGAGAAGAGAACAUGAAAGAACAUCUGUGGUUUGGAAGUGUCAAGAGGACACCCGACGGAAUGUUUUUUUGUCCUUGUGGAAAACAACUCAAAGCGACGAGAAGCUCGCAUGACAGAAUCCGUUCCACUUUUUUUUGUUUUUUUUUCCUGAGGCGAAAAAGAACCUGUUUUUUUUUUUUUUUGCACCUCUACCUAUAAAGGGACUUCCACACUGUAAGGAAUUAUUUUGUAAAAUUAGAUUCCUGUUCCAGCACCUUUUGAUCACAAACAAAACGCAGAAAAGAGUCUGCAGAAUUGCACAUUGCCACGGAUUACGUCAAAGUAAAGAAAAAAUAAAUGGCACUAUUUUUUUAUGAACAAUGAACGUGUAGCUUAAAAAAAAAAAUGUCAUGGUGCUAGCUUCAGGAAAGGACUUAAAGAAGAGGUUGAAAAGCACGUUUUUUUUUUUUUUUUUCCUUUGAAUGAAUUUAUUACAGCUUUCCGUUUUAAGGAAAGUGAGACUCUAAAAAAAAAAAAAAAAAAAAAAAAAAGGAGGUAAAGUAUAUGGGGCGGGGGGGCGCUCCUGGCGGUGGCGACGUCAAGGGGUAAUAAGUGUCACUGAGAAACUUUUGGGGGCGAGGACGGCAUCAAGGCGGCUCACAGGAAAUACAAGCGACUACCGGGGACACCAGACCCUGUCCCGCCGGUCCUGCCUGUCUGUGUGUACCCCAACACCCCCCCCCCCACCCCUGCAAAGGCAGACAGACUGGACACAGGGAACAUAAAUACGGGACACUUGUGGACCGCCCGGAUUGGGACAGUACAACGCUUCUGGGAAAGUACUUCCUGUUUACUGUGGCUUUGCGGACUGCUUGGACAGGAAGUAACAUGGCAUGGACGAGUGGGAUAAUUGAUGAGGAUUCUACAUAUUUUAGUUUUUUUUUUUGGUUUUUGUUUUCUUUUCAUAUCGAUAUUUCAAAGAAAAAAGAAGAAAAAAAAAAAGGAAAACCCUGUCUGUUUCUGGUACCAUGACAUUCCUGUUUUUCCAUGUUAGGCAUUUUUUCAUGGUAAUGUUCUGUUGUGUUAUUUUACUUUUCCGUUCGAAAGAAAGGCACAGAAAUUCCGAUUCAAAGGGAAAAAAAAAACAGCAAUAAUGUCAACUAACAUUUAUUUUUAUUGUAUAUCAGUAGUAUUCACAUGCUUUUUGCCUGAAACAGAUACUUGAAUAUAUCUAUCUAUAUAUAUAUAUAUGAAUAUAGAUAUAUAUAUGUAUAUGUAUAAAUAUAUAUAUAGAUAUAUAAUUAGUUUCCAGGGACGUUGUGUUAUUUCCUUUAGUCUGAGCUGUAUCUUGCGUAAUGAGCCGCCAAGCUUUUUUUUUUUUGUUUGUUUAUUUGUUGAAAUACAAAUAAGGGCACUGUAUAAAGGCAUUAUUUAUUUUGUUAUAAAAUAUAUUUGAAAAAUUGGUCCAAAUAAUAUGCGCAGCACUGAUGCUCAACUGACGGAUUUAUUUUGUAUGAUCUCUGUUUUUUCCAAUUGGAGCUGUAAGGCUUUUUUUUUUUUUUUGUAGAUGCUUUGUACCAAAAAUAAUGUCCUACCCCGCCAUACCCAAAUCCACGCACCCACCCGUACAGUUAUUUUAAAUGAAUACUUUAACAGGAGCAUGUAGUCGGAAUUUUGUAGGCAUGUUAUGUCACAGAAAUAGGUACAUACAUAUUCGGAAUAAUAACAGGGAAAAUCGGGAUUACAGCAGCAGAGUGACUUUUUAUGAAUUUAGUUUUAUUCAAUCCACUUUGUUUUCAAGCCAAUUUUAGUAUUGAUGGCGCGGGAAUGUCGAGUCCUCGAUAUCAAAUAUGUAUUCAUUAAUUGUGCACAAUAUCCUACAAGCUUUUAAGUAUUUUUUUUUUUUUGUCUGUGUGGGUUGAUUGGAUCAAAUGUCACUACAGGGUCUUAACUCGCACAAUACGCCUUUACCCCCCCUCCCACCCAUUCCACCCCCACCCCAACAAACUCACUAUGACAAUAACAUCAUCCUUCUAGAUAUCCGACAUUGAUCUCGAUCAUACCAAGCACUACCUUCACUUCCUGCCGUCCUACCAUGAUUAUUAUUGUUAUUAUUAUUAUUUUUCUUUUUUUUUAUAAAGGGCUAUUGGGUCGAACCAUUUUUAAUGCAGUCAUAGGAUUCAGGUAAAGAAACAAACGCUCUGCAGGGAGGAGUGUGGUUGUUCCUAAUAAGACAUCAUUUCGUUAAUGACACAUUACCACUUCCUCCUAAAAAUGAGUCACGUGUCACUCAAAACGGUAUCACUAGUACCGAGGACUUAUCGACGAUAUUUAUGCAUUUCCUGUCAGAGAUCUUCCAUAUCUUUCCUCGAUUAUAUUCUUCUAUCGUGCAACAAGGCAGACAGUGCAAUUAUUAUGAUGAUGAUGAUAAUUAUUAUUAUUAUAUGCUGGGACUGCAUACAUCCACUAUUGUAAUGCUCAAACAGGCUACUUUAGUGUCGCUGAAAAAAAUGAAAGACAACCACUUUUUUGGUAAAUAUGAAGAGAUAUCCUGCCGAGCAACGGCGAACCUUUUUUCUUUGUCAGUCGCUCACUCAGCCUGUGUGUAUUUUAUUGAUUUAACCUCCGCACGCUAGAACGUCCGAAAUGCACAAUUCAUGUACUUUCAUUUUUAAUAUCAAUAAAAAAAAACAUUUUAUCAAA